AUGGAAACUGGGCCACAUAAACUGUUGAGCUGCGAGCAAGAGCUUGUCCCGCGGAUCCCGCGCAUCUGCUUCUUUACCUAUCUGAAGCACUCCGAGCCAGGCGUGCGCACACGCUGCAACUGUCCCAUACAGACACAAAUAGAAGAGGCUUCGGGGUCAUGGGAGUCGAAUCCAUUCAAGAUUCGAGAAUGGGAGAUUGACGCUGAUAGGAUUAUUUUUGUUGAAAAAAUAGCCAAAAGAAAGGAAAGAAUGCCAAUAGUUGCUGGAAGCCACCAUGCACAGACCAUCGAUGGAAGCAGGAAGGCAGGGCCGGGAAAAGGUACGUCCCUCCGUGCCAGCUCUGCCCCGCCUUACCUAAUCCGGGUUCCUGAGCACUGCGGCCAGGGUGAGGUCAGCCUCACCUUCCCAACCGACAGCCUUUUCAACUGCCAAUCCACCGCAGCCACGAUUCCGAUCUGA